GGUCCUGAUGGAUGAGUCGGCGUUGGAGCGUUACUUUGAUGACUCCAUUGCAAAUGACUCCAGCUUUAUUUUGGGGGAGGAGCUUGGCCUCCAGAGCCCCUCCCCCAGCUCUCUGAAGGUGGGGCCCAGCCGAGAGCUGGGGGAGGAGCUCGACCUCAGCUUCCUUCCUGAUGAGCUCAGCACGCAGGAUGAGGCCAGUCGUCAUGAUGACACAGCUCUUAACGUGUCUCAGGACAGCGGCGUCUGUCCGGACUACAACUCCCAGGAUUCCACAGUGGUGGUGGCAGCAGCAGCAGCUGACCCCCAGCAGGGGUCGUCCAUGUCAGGGCUGGGGAUGGGUGCCUCUCCCUUCUGUCCCAUGACCCCUAUGACCCCCAUGACCCCCAUGACCCCUGUGACUGAGAGGUCAGGAAUCAUCCCACAGUUACAGAACAUCGUCUCCACAGUGAACCUCGGUUGUCCUCUGGAUCUGAAGUUUAUCGCACUCCAGGCCAGAAACGCAGAGUACAACCCGAAGCGUUUCGCAGCCGUCAUCAUGAGGAUCAGAGAGCCCAGAACCACCGCACUGAUCUUCAGCUCCGGGAAGAUGGUCUGCACUGGAGCCAAGAGUGAGGAGCAGUCGCGGUUGGCAGCAAGGAAAUACGCUCGCGUGGUUCAGAAACUGGGUUUUCCUGCCCGCUUCCUGGACUUUAAGAUCCAGAACAUGGUGGCGAGCUGUGACGUGUGCUUCCCCAUCAGACUGGAGGGACUGGUCCUCACACACCAGCAGUUCAGCAGUUAUGAGCCGGAGCUGUUUCCAGGUCUCAUCUACCGGAUGGUGAAACCGCGCAUCGUCCUGCUCAUCUUCGUCUCUGGGAAAGUGGUUCUGACUGGAGCUAAAGAACGAGCUGAGAUCUACGAAGCAUUUGAGAACAUUUAUCCGAUCCUGAGAGGAUUCAGGAAACAGUGAGGCCCACCCUCUGACGUCACUUCCUGUUCCCAUGUAAAUAGAAGGAAUGAGUACUUCCUGUAUAUGUGUCUUAUUUUGUGUUGUGGAUGGUAAUCAAGUCGGCUGUUUGCUUUAGAGUCUGUGUUCAAUGUUUCAUCCAAAAUAAAUGUCAGAUUUCCAAAAUGACUGCAAAGAAAACUUAAGUUAAAUUCAUA